AAACACUGCAAUCACAAUGAACGUUUUGUUAUCCGUCUAUUGAGGCAGAAUUACGUUACCGUGAGCGAUCUUAUCCUGUGGUCACAAAAAAUUUUUGUCCGUGCAAAAAUGUCAUUUUGUGUCAGCAAACAAAGAUUGAAAAAUUUUUAACUAUCUCACGAUUGGAGCGCAAAAAUAAAUUUUUAUCAGAAAAACAAAAAAUAAUUGAUAGCAAUUGAGGUAUGAAAGUCUCGUGGAUGUCAGGGCAUGUCAUUAAGUUGAGUUUUAAGUUUCGAGUUAAAUAUCAUCAGCGGUACGAUGCAGUCAUUAGUUAUUUUGCAGAUUGUAAUUAUUGGAGUUGCAGCGGGUCUGAGAUCAUCUCGAAUCCUGGGAACUUCUUCAGUCUUGGGCGGCACAGAAGCAUCAGAAGGAGCACAUCCCUAUCAGGUGUCGUUAAGACGUCAAAAUUCUCAUUUCUGCGGAGGUGCUAUCCUUAAUAACCGUUGGGUAAUUACUGCUGGACACUGCGUUUUUAGAGUCAAUUUAGUUGGCGUGUCAGUAGUAAUGGGCACCAACACAUUAUCAAAAGGUGGAGAUGUCUAUCACCCGGACCUAUUUAUAAUUCACAAAAAUUUCAAUCCUCGGUAUAACGACAUCGCUCUGAUAAGAGUUUCGAAGGAAAUAAAAUUCAAUAAAAAAGUCCAGCCGGUGAUGUUACCGGCAACCGAACCUAGGUUCGAUCACCACAGAGUAACACUUUCCGGCUGGGGUCGCACUCAGGUCAAUGGUAAAAUUCCGGAUUACCUUCAGGAAAUAGAUCUGUGGGUUAUCAGCCAACUAAAAUGCAGAAUUUUUUUCCCGAUUACGUUGACCAGCGGAAAUAUUUGCACUCUUACAGUACCAGGACAGGGAGCCUGCGGCGUAAGGCGAUUCCGGUGGUCCACUGACGGACAAUGGAAUUCUUAUCGGUAUCGUGUCAUAUGGACUUCCCUGUGCCAUAGGAUUCCCUGAUGUUUACACUCGAGUCUUCCACUACCGCGACUGGAUCAAUCAAACAAUCGCAGCCGCUAAUAAAUUGUAUAAUAAUAAUUUGGAAAAACUAAUUAUCGAUUAUCAGUAAUUUAAUAUUGUAAAAUAGUUUGUAUUUAUAAUCAGCUAAUUAAUAAAAAUAUAAUA